AUGCGUAUUCAGAGUGAUCUUUUAUCAUCCUCUGAAAGCUCCACUAAGCGUGCUCGCCUUCUAGCUGUAUUACAGGCAGAGUCUGGUUACUGGCUGCAAAUUUUACUUUCAGCCAAUAUCGGGACUUUGCUUGACAAGAGCACUCUGUCUUUUGCGAUAUGGCUUAGACUUGGCGUCAAGACUAAUCAUCCCCAUCGCUGUCGUUGCGGUACUCGCGUCGGUGAGCUGGGACACCAUGGCCUCUCACGCCAAAUAAUCGCUGGGAGACUCGGCCACGCCUACAUCAAUGACGUCAUCCGCAGGGCUCUUGUCGCUGCCAACGUAACGUGCCAGCGGUCCUUGAGUCGAAAGGCAUCUUCCGGUACGACAUCAUUGUAUCGUUGGAAUAACUUUGGAAUACACAAAGAAUACAUAACAGCAAUGGCGAAUUGGUCUGCUCUCGGUUCAAUAAUUCUCCCUAAUGUGGGAGGUUGGGCCAACGGGUUAUACUUUGCUGGUCAAGUACGCUCUGAACAGAAAUCCUGGUAUGACGACUUGAAGAAGGCUCCAUGGAAUCCUCCUAAGUGGGUGUUCGGUCCAGCUUGGACAGUUCUUUACAGUGGCAUAGGAUAUGCUUCCUAUUUGGUAUAUGAAGAAUGCGGUGGUUUCACAGAGGAAGCAGUCCUACCCUUAUCUCUGUACGGCGGUCAGCUACUCCUGAACUGGGCUUGGACACCCAUUUUCUUCGGACUGAAGGAUUUCAAGCUGGCGCUCAUUGAGAUAGUGGUUCUGUCCGGGGCCGCGACGGUUACUACGGCUUCCUUCUUCUCUGUGAACAAGACUGCCGGCUGGCUGAUGGUGCCAUACUUGGCGUGGUUGGGUUAUGCCACCUCUCUUUCGUACUACAUCUGGAAGAACAACCCGCAGUCGCCCAAGAUCAAGGAGAUCAAAGACGAGAAGACGAACAACUAAAGGUAAUAUUUAUUUAAUUAUUAAAAACUAGCUCUUGCUGCCUUUUGAGAACCUCAUGGGAAUCUUAAAAUUUUUUGGGGUAAAAAGUAUUCUAUAUCGUAAUCCACGUAAUAAAUCAUAAUGUAUUUUAUGUGUGCCGAAUUUAAAAAUUCGUAAUCUCAAAUAUAGGUAUCCAACAUUAAAAAUAGCCCGUUAGAGGAUAGCUGUCGGAUAAUGUUCGAUCGAGUUUUUUUUUGUGCUUUGGAAGGCACGUUAAGCCGUUGGUUCCGCCCGCUUCUGCAGUUGUUAGCACCCAAUAAUCUGCACUGGGCUCGCGUCAAAGGGAUAGCCAGCAGUGAGGACAUUUAUCAUUAAUCGCAUUUAUCACGGAGAGUGUUGUGAGGAAUUGUUCGGAUCAGUUCCAGCUGCUGCAUGUCGCCAUCGUACAUCGCGACAAAAAUUUCAUCCCCAUCAUCUUGAUGCGUGGCUAUCCACAACCGUGCGUUUUUGUCGAAUUUCACGUACGACAAAACUGUGGAAUAUAUUGUCGCCAGCAGUGUUUCCGGACCAAUACGAAGGCCGGCAUCGCAUUUGUGAUACUCCUGGUGUUGCAAGUGUCCAUGGACGACGGUGAUCACUUACCAUCAGGUGAGCCGUCUGCUCGUAUGCCACCUAUAACAUAAAAAAAAAAAAUAGGUUAAUGAUGACGAUAAUUAGUUUACCCGACAGACGUUGUCCUGCCCAACUGCAACGCCAUCUACUGGGGUCCAGUUGUGAAUCUAAACCACUAUGAGAUCCACUCGAAUGCACAAAUUACAAAAUUUAUUUAAAACGGUCCAGCCGUUUAGGGGAGGUCCGUUACAUACGCAAAAACUGAAGAAUUUCACAUAAUAAUGUAAAGAUUAGAAAAAUAACAGCAUUAAUUUUCAUACAUGUAGGAAUUAGAACAUUCGGUUUAAACUAUUGCUUUGAUAAUUUCGUACUUUACCCGUAUCAACUUUAAUUUUUUUGACUAACUUGGCUCUAUACUAAAUUGAUCAAUAUCGGAGUAUAAGCACCUACUUGGUCUAUAAUCUGAGAUUGUGUUUUAGGGUUCCGUACCACGAAAGGAAAAAACGGAACCCUUAUAGGAUCACUUUGUUGUCCGUCCGUCCGUUUUCUCAGGAACGCGUGGUGGUAUCAAACUGAAAUUUAUAUCAAAUACUCAGGUCUACUGUCACUUGGAGCUGUGAAAAAAUCUAACUUCUAAGCCUAUGCAAUCAAAAGAUACAGCCGUUUAUUCCGAAACUCACAAAACUUCCCGUGAACUCAGAAGCUUAAAAUUUGGUACGAAACAACGUCUUAUAGCACAGAUGAAGGAAAAAUUGCUAACAUCACAUUUUUUUUAGUAAUAACUUUAACCUUCAGGUUUGUACGGAACCCUCGGUGCGCGAGUUCGACUCGCACUUGACCGGUUUUUUAUAAGUGACAAAGGUGGCAAAAUAUGCAAAUGCGAAGUUUUAUUUCCACUUAUUCACACUAUCAAAUAAAAAUAGUAGUAAUAAUGGAAGAUAAAAUAUUCCAUGUAACGUUGUAUCAACAAGUGGAUCGUAGAACAAAAUGGCUUUUUCCGUUCUUUUAGUUAAGUCAGUACCCCAAGCACGAACUAUGACACAUCCGUAAUCGUAUCGCAAUCGUUGUUAGCUUACCGGACGUAAAAAGAAACUAGGUCCUUCCAUAAAAACUUUGACGAUGGUGAUACGAACACGGAUGUGUCAAAGUUCAUACUUCGCACAGAACUCUUAGUUACUAAUAGUAGAUUAGUACUACUAGUAGAACUAGGAGUGGCAUUUACUUUAGUAAUUACAAAAGACGCAUUGUAUGUCAUUAUUGAAAUUAAAUUUUGUUUCAGAUAUUUGACUGCACGAACGCG